AUGUCGAAUAUUGAAUUUACCAACGACUCAUCGGCCAUCAUUUCUCGAGAAUCUCCUUCAUCCUCUUCAUUCACUACAACAAAUUCAUUCCGAAAAUUUAUUACCACUCAAACUUCUCUCGAAGAAAUUAACAAAGCCUCUCAUUGGUUUGAUCAGGAUCGAAUUGAUUAUCAUACAUUGAGAUUUCACGACGCUAUCCAAAAACAACUAUUAAAUCGAACAAAAAAUCCACCAUCGGAGAAGGACAAAAAAACUGCUCAGUCUCUGUUAGACAUUAUUCGACUUAAAUAUAUAUUUCCAUAUUCUCGAUUACUUGGUCUAUUUACCUAUUUUUAUAUUGUGACUAUUAAGAAUUUAUUUAGAGGAAAUUAA